AUGGCUUCUGGGUAUACUAAGAUACAUGCCUGUGUCAACAAUUGUAUACUUUACAGAAAAGAAUACAAAGAUUUGGUAGCAUGUCCUACUUGUGGUAAAUCAAGAUGGAAGGUUGAUGAACAAAAAAAUAAAAUUUACAACAAUAUUCCUGCAAAAUGUUUGUGGUACUUUCCAAUUAUUCCGCGCUUCAAGCGUCUUUUCCAGUCUAAGACAAUUGCAAAAGAUUUAACAUGCGACGCAACAGAAAGAAUGGUGGAUGUUGGAGUUUUAAGUCACCCAGCUGAUUCACCAGCAUGGGCUGCCAUUGAAGACAAAUAUCCUGAUUUUGCUAGCGAACCAAGGAAUUUGCAACUAGGCAUUUCGGCGGACGGGGUUGAUGUGAACAGAGGAAAUAGGAGUCAUAGUGUUUGGCCUGUUUUAACUGUCAUUUACAACCUUCCACCAUGGUUGUGUAUGAAGAGAAAGUUCAUCAUGCUUUCGUUAUUGAUUUCGGGAACACCAGGAAACGAUAUUGAUGUGUUCCUAGCACCUUUUAUUAAUGAUAUGCAAUUAUUGUUUGAUUUUGGAGUUGAAAAAUGCGAUGCAUAUGCACAAGAGCAUUUUAAACUACGCGCAGUUGUGUUAUGGACUAUUAAUGAUUAUCCUGCAUUAGGUACAUUAAGUGGUUGCCCAUACAACGGUUUUCAAGGUUGUGUUGUGUGUGGUGAACAGACACACUGCAUUAGACUCCCUGAAUCGAAUAAGCAGAGUUAUGCUGGUCAUAGAAGAUUUCUACCAUAUGAUCACCCGUUCAGAAGAGAAAAGAAGGCAUUCAAUGGACAACAAGAGUUCUCACCCUCUCCAGAACCUAUGAAUGGGGAGGAAAUAUAUAACAGCGUUAAAUUUAUAAUUAAUAAAUGGGCAAAGGUUAAUAAGGGCAAGGAGGCAGAAAUCCAACAAGCAACAAGUGGAAGAGGUGGGAAUAUGAAUAAAAAAAAGAGAAAAUCACAACAACUAGGUACUUCACAUGUGGGCCAGCAAAAUAAUACAUACUGGAAGAAAUUCAAUAUAUGGUAUAGACAACUAAGGUAUUGGCCCAACAAUUUGGUUCCACAUUGUAUAGAUUUUAUGCAUGUGGAAAAGAACGUGGGUGAGAGUUUAACAGGAACUGUUUUGAACGUUCCCAGGAAGUCGAAAGAUGGUUAUAAAGCUCGAUUGGAUUUGGUUCAUUAUGGUUUGAAGCCAGAGCUGCAUCCUCAGAUAGAAGGGAACAACACAACACUUCCUCAAGGGUUCCUCAAGGGUAUUGUUCUAAUUUUUCUAGUUUGCAAAGAAAUCAUAGUGGAUGAGCUCGAUAAGUUGCAAGAGGAGUUAUGUGUAACCUUAUGUCUUCUUGAGAAACACUUUCCACCAUCAUUUUUUGGUGUGAUGAUUCAUUUAACCGUUCAUCUCACUAGGGAAGUUAUUAAGGGGCACAUGCGAAACAAAAAUAGACCAGAAGGAUGCAUUGCUGAAGAGAAUGUUGCAGAAGAGACAAUUGAGUUUUUUAGUCAAUUCCUUAAAAGGAUGGAUACUGUUGGUAUUCCACCUGACAAUCAUAACAAUUGUGGAAUUCAUAAAGGUGCAGAUAGUAGUUCUAUUACGAACGGUACUCCUGUAUCAGCUGCUAAAUCGGUAGAAGUUUCUGCAGAACUAUUCAGCAAAGCACAUUUCUUUGUAUUGCAAAAUACAUCUGAAGUACUCCUAUAUAUCAAACGACACAUGGAAUUUUUGGAACAUCUACACCCUACUAAACGAAAGGCACAUCUAGAACAAGAGCAUACUAAAACAUUUGGUCAUUGGUUACGAAAGGAGAGAGAGUUAGGGGCCUGUAGAGAAACUAUAACAAAGACAAUGAGAUGGAUUUCACAUGGACCCAAUAAGAACAUUAUUAAAUACGAUGUAUAUGCUAUUAAUGGAUAUACUUUUCGUACAAAAGCUCGUGAAGGUAAAGUUUACCAAAACAGUGGGGUUAGUGUUGUUGCAACUGACACACACAUCAAUAAAGAAGUUGUAACAUAUGCCAAAAACACUUAUUAUGGUGUUUACAAGAGAUAUGGAAAUGGGGUAAAAAGGGAUAAAUUGGGGUACACACUAGUUGAACUAAAAAUAUUAGGCCAUAAAGGUGAUCCCUACAUAUUGGCCUCACAAGCACAACAAGUAUUUUACGUGACAGACCCACUCGAUCAAAAAAUGUCUAUUGUAUUCAAGACACCUCCCAAAAAUUACAAAGAUACAUAUGAAGAUGUAGAUGAAGAAUUUAGUAUUAUUGUUCCUCAUAAUGAUAACAUAUUGCCACGUGUAGACACACUUGACUUGCAAAAGGAAAAUGAUUAUUUUCAUAAUGAUUUUCACGAAGAGAAAGGCCAAAACUUGAGCACAUCGUUAUGUGGAGAAUAA